AUGACCCAAAAUGAGACCCAAGAUGCAGUUGGUGAUGGGGUCUCCGUCGAGACAGUUUUAGGCGAUCUCACGGCUCGAGCAGAGAUAAUUCUCUCUGAGCUCGAAGCAUUCCGGCGAUACUUACGUCAAAUCAAGCAAGAACAGCACAUCGAAUUGGCGCAAUUCCGGAACAGCGUUACUUCUGAGCUUUCAAUGCUGGGACGCCUGGCUUCUAAAAUCGACGAGGAGUCGACAUCCCACAAUGCACGAUCAUCUAAUCUUCCAUUCAUGGAGACCGUCUGGCUUCAUGCUAAGAGGUCAAGAAAUCUGGUGGCGCUGCGCAAGCGUCUGUACUAUAAUUCUAACGGUAAAACGCUUUCAGAAGCGAUGGCACAUGUUGGUCUCAAUCCUCAAAAGCCUAAAAAGCGAGGACUGAAAGACUCUUCGGUCACUGUUGAUGCCAUAACUGAAGCUGGCCUCAAAUGGGUCAAGGUGUCUUUGGUGACCCAUACGAGACUGAUGUUCGAUCUCGCCAAACAGGGCUGGACAGGCACUUCAGACGACGAGUACAGUGAUUAUGGAUCUGACGAUGAGGACGGCGAUACAGACAUACCGCUUCUCAAAACAACUAAAGAGCUUUGUCAAGCUGCUACGUGUCUUCGAGUCCGGACUCGCAAGCCUCAGGUCCACCUGCUAUUGCCUCGAGUAACAAUGGGACAGAGUGCGGAGGUUGAUGCGAUUGUCGAAAGCUGUCGCAAAGCAGGCGCAAUAGUGUGCUGUGGCAAGGACACGUCGCAUAUACCUGAAUUGCAAGAUGCAUUUGUUAACAUGGUGCCACCACUCAAGCCCAUAGUCUCCGACAUUGCUAAUAUUGACUGUACCAUCCUUCUUGCGCUUGUGUCAGAUUUCUCCCACGCCAAAGUGUCCAAGGAGCCUUGGUUUCACCCCGCAUUGAAGCGAGAAGUGGAAAUCGAGGGAGACGAGAAUCUCUUACCAUCUUUACUGUAUCCUGCUCUAGGAAAUCGCAAGCUCGUCUGCACCCACGAAGCAGCAGUCCGCAUGAGGGAGAUCGUCGAUACACUCGGAACGCCAACUGAAGUCGCACGUACCCGAAUCCUAAUGGGCGACGAUAAUGCAGACGACCAGCCAGGAUUGGUGAAAUCCAUGCAGGAGCUCUCGGCGUAUGACGUGCCAAGCGAAUGGCGAAUACCGGUCGUGAUCGUAGAUCAGAACGAAAAUGAUUGUCAGUCAAAACUCCCUGCAGAAGCUGUUUUAGCAGGCUCAAAAAUGACCCCCAUCAACAAGUCUGUCUUCCUCUAUGGGUGGGCACUUGGCUGCACAACUAUCACAAGUAAUCGUGCAGCCGUCAAGCAGAUCGAGAAUAGUCUACAGCAGCACAUCGAUCUCGAUGAUAGCGUCUUUCCCAGCCUGUGGCUUUGCCCCACAGCACGAUCAUUAGUGGGCAAGGAGAGACGUGGCGCGAAGAAAGAGGAUGGCCGAGAGACUGCACGACGAUUACCCGAUCCUUUGCGGCGAGAGCAGCAGAGGCGUCAUGGCCUUGAUCUCUUAUCACAGCGUGCUGGGCACGAGGUUGAAGACCUCCGACCGCAAGGGUACGAUUGUGCCGAUGUCAUCGAGGCCAAGAAAGCUUCCACGAAAAACCUCAAUAUUGAAAAAGUAGAGACUUAA